CAAUCUUUGUAAACUUAUAUUUUUUUCUAUAAAAAAAGAAGAUUAUAAACAAAAUUAUGCCAGGAGGAUCAUAUAGUAGUCAUGAUGAUAAUUUUUUUGAGGUGUUUCUAGUAGGUUGGUUAAUUAGACAAGAACAAUUUCAAAAUGAACUUGUUGUAGCACAAGAUACUUUUGAUGAUCAAGAAAAUGAUAUGAGAGACCUUAUUUCUAGGGUUUUAGCUCAUUAUCAACAAUAUUAUGAAGAAAAAUCAAGAAUGACUCAUAGGAAUGUUUUUAGAGUCUUUUCACCUACUUGGUUCUCUCCACUUGAAAGAAGCUUCUUAUGGAUCACAGGGUUCAAUCCCGGCCUAGUUUUCAAUCUGGUAACUGAUUCCAUAAACGAUUUGAGUGAACAUCAAGUUGAAAGGCUCAACUGGUUGAAACAAGAGACAAAGGCUCAAGAAAGGUCCCUAACGGAGGAGUUAGCACAAAUCCAAGAGAGUGUGGCUUCACCGCCGUUGGCGGAUCUAGCACGUCGAUUAGGAAUGCAACUUAUAUACACUGACAAUAUAAAUACAGAUAUCGAGGAGGUUGAUAGAGACAUAGACCAAUUGAAGAUGGCCUUGGAGAAUGUGGUGACGGAUGCUGAUAGGUUAAGGACAAGAACAGCUGAAAGAGUUGUAGGGUUACUUAGUCCUUUGCAAGGUGUGAAGUUUUUGAGUGCUGUAGGUCAGCUUCAAUUGAGGGCAAGGAUGAUGGGAAUGGAAAGAGAAGUUGAGAGGCAACAACAAAGAAAUGAAGAUACAAAUGGAUGGUGAAAUACUUCCUACCAUCUGGUUGCUCGAACUCUUCGAAAAUAUGUAUCGUUAAGUCUGAUAUGUAAUAUAGGUAAUUAGUUGCUUGAACUCUUUAAAAAUAUGUAUUUGUUUAGUCGAAUAAUAUUUUUGAAAAAAUAUGUAUCGUUCAUCUGAUAUUCAAUAUGCUAUUUGGUUGUUUGAACCCUCUUCAAAAAUAUGUAUU